UGGAGAAGGAAGAAAGUAAGGAAGGUUAGUGAAAUAUGAAGAGUGCAAAGAGAGAAAUGGAGAAGAAAUCAGAGAUAAGUUGUUUUAUUGAAGAGCUUUCUAUGAUUGUGAUAGUUAAACCUUCUGGAGAAAAUCUUGAAGCUGCUCACAUCCCUAUUAAGCCUUUCCUCUCUAUAUGUUAUUUGGUUCUACAAGUUCUUGAUAAAAUAGGGCCAACAAUGGCUGUUUUGAGACAAGAUGUGUAUCAAAAUAUCAAGAGAUUGGAACUAAUGCAUGAAUCAAAUCCAACAACAAAUCUAAAUUUAGUUGAAAUAUUGAAAUUGGAAGCAACAGAAGGCAAUGCAAAGAAAGGGUCUAGCUGCAGUAAGGCCUUUGUUUGGCUCACAAGGACCCUGGAUUUCACCUCGUCAUUAUUACAAAUACUAUUAAAAGAUCCUGAAAAGAAAAUGGAGAAAAUAGUUGAAGAAUCUUAUGAAGUAACAUUAAAACCAUGGCAUGGAUGGAUUUCAUCAACUGCUGUCAGAGUGGCUCUAAGAUUAGUUCCAGAAAGUAAGACAUUCAUUGAUCUCCUUAAGACUGAAGAUGAAGAUAAUAGUCACAUGCUGAAGCAGAAAAUGCAAAUAUUGGUUUCUCUGUUUGUGCCUUUUCUUGAGGAUAUCCACUGUAUCCUAAGAUUAUAUAACUUGGACAAGCUGAAAUCAACCUGAAAGGAUAAAAGGAAUAAUGAGGAAUUCUCUCUGUAUAUAUAUUUUUUAAUAGCAAAGAUUUUAUUCAAUGAAAGGAAUGUUGCAGAUGUAAAUAUCGUGAGGUUUAAAGUAACAUCAAGCGCUGUUUUACGCAAAUGCAGAAAAGCUAACAUGUGGUUAAAGCAAUAUGAAUGUACAUAAGUUUGUCUUA